UAUUUGCCGCUGCUUGGCGAAAAGGAUCUUGCUUAUAAAAUCUAUGUGCGGAUGGUGCCGGCAAAUCCAUUUCACUGCUGUGAUCGGCGUAUAUCGGCGCUCCUAGCAAUCAGCGAGAAGUACAUCUAUCAAUGCGCUAUGCGCAUCACCGAUGAUCAAGAUUUCGACGAACUCAUUUGUCCUCUGCGUAUCAACACUAAUUGCUAUCCGCUGAUCAACCGCACCUGCCUCUACUUCGUCCUCCUGCCUCGCCUUCCGGUCACCUUUUCACAGCAUUCAUUCGUUUUGCGCUACUCUAACGUGCUUCACAGUCGUGGGAAACUUCAUGCGAAACUUUUGAUCGAGAUUCUGAACGCAAUUUAUAGUGCUAGACGGGCUACAUUUAAUCGCCUUCUCCCUGCCUCGACUCUGUUCCGUUUCUGA